AUGGCCGAUUCUCUUCCUGCAGACUUUCCCCUGCAGACGUUUCACCGUCAAGAGUCGACGUCCAUCGAGCAUAUGAUUUUGACCCGACGACCGCCAGAAGGGAACCUCGAUCUCUCCCCGGAGAACAAGCGGAGAGAGAGCGGAGCGAAACCGACGCGGUCAUAUGUGUCCCACCGUCGUCAUCGCUGGCCAUCCGAACUCUACUUCGACGCACUGAAAAAGGAAACGAAAGGAGAAAGGGACAAUGGCCAGCCUUCACGCACGGUCUGGAUUAAGCGUCUUGGAGAUCUAUGCCAGCAGCAGCCUGAACAGAAGCGAGCGGACGAAACCAACGACCGAAACAAAAAGAGAGAUCUGGCAGGAAUGGGAAAGGGGGCAAAACAUUUGUGCGAAGGGUUUCCAUUCAAAGGCGAAUCCAGGUGUGCGUGGGAGGUGGACAUCAACAUCAAGAGGUCGCACGACUAG